AGUUUAAACACGAACAUAAUUUUUAUUCAAGAUAUAAUAAUUCAAUCAAGAAUCGUUCUUCUUUGUAAUUGGCCAUAUAUAUCCAUUGAAUAUGCUUCAAACGACCUUACUGUCCAUUCCUGAAGCUAAAGAGGAUUACCUUGGAUCUUCAAUCAUUGAAAGAACUUCAAGAUUACAUGCAUUUGUAGACUUAGGUCCAGCAGAUUUAUGUAACAUUCAUAAGCAAUCUGCUUCAAAGAAAAGUCCUGAAAUUGGAACAUUUUUAUAUUUCACUGGUGUAGAUACUUCGAAUUCUGCAUCAAUUGCGGCCCACUUACAAGGAUUGGCCACUCUUAUUAGUUCCAAAUCACAAUAUUGGUUUGGAGAGAAGAAACAUUGGAAAGUUCCCGAACUUACGUACUGCAGUUAUAAUGCAUUUUCCAAGGUCGAUAUGAGAGUUACAGUUCAUAUUCCUGGUAAAUUUGAAAGUGUUGUAGUUAAUAAUGACGGGAAACUUGUUCAUGACAAGAUUAGUGAUGUUGAACUGGAAAAGUUAUGGUUGGAAACAUUUGUAAGUUCAAUUGUUAGAUCGUUCAUUGAUUCUGAUGAUGAUGAUGAUAAUAAAAUUGGUGGCUUAGUUGAAGUAAGGAAAUUAAACCCAUUUGGUAAUGGGAAAACUUCAGUUAAAUUACUUGAAUCAUUUAUGAAUGCUUUUGAAAAAUUAUUCUGGGAUGGUCCUAAAUUGGGAUGUGGAGUAGAAAUUCCUCAACCAACAAUUAUUAACAAUUAUUUGGUUGAUGGAUUUAUGAAAUGUAUUCAAUUAACUCAAAAUUAUGAUAAAGGGUUAGAAAUCUUACAAAGAUUAGAAAAAAUUGAACCAUCAAUUAUUUCUCUUAUUGCUAAAGUUUAUUUCUUAAAGGAUGAAGAAAUUAAAGCAGUUCAAAUUAUUAGUGAAGGGAUUUCAAAUAACAAGAGAGAUGCUGAUUUAUUAUUAUUACAAACUCAAUUUUGUAUUGAGAAGAAAAGAUAUGAUUUAGCAUUGGAAUUAGCUAAACAAACCGUUAAAUCUUCACCAUCUGAUUUCAAAGCAUGGUCAAUUUUAGUAACAGUUUACACUAAAUUAAAUGAUUUUGAAAAUGCCUUGUUAACAUUGAACUCUUGUCCUAUGAAUUCUCAUAAGGAAAAAUAUUCCCUUAAAAGAGUUGUUCCAUUGAGAGGAAGUGAGGACGAAUUACAUUUACCUUCUCCAGCUGAUGUGACUUUGGAUGAAGUUUCUAAAUUACAAAGUAGUGAAAUUAGUUUUGAACAAAGAAAUUUAGAUACCCAAUUAUCUAAUUUACCAGCAGCAAAUUUAAAAUCUACUUUUGCCAAAUCUUAUGAAUUAUUAACUGAAAUUGUUAAUAAAACAGGAUGGGAAGCACUUUUAAAGUAUCGUGCAAAGGUAUUUGUGAUGGAAGAAGAAUACCGAAAGGAUAGAAACACCAGUAAAACAUUCAACGAAGAAGGUGAAUCUUCAACUACAACAUUGAAUGGUAAUGGUAAUGCUGCUGUAGAGGAUGGAGAAGAAGAUAUUUCAUCUACCGUUGGUGUGAAAUCUCCUGGAAAAUCCAAUAGUGAUGAAUCGCUUGAAAAUGAAUUUAGAAAGAAGAGAUUGUGUGAAAGAUGGUUAGAUAACUUGUUUAUGUUGCUUUAUGAAGAUUUAAGAGCAUACACCAUGUGGCAAGCCGAAUAUGUUCAUUUCCAAGCACAACAGAUGGAAUAUAAAAAGACUACAUUAGAAUGGGAAAUUCUUGGCCUGAUCGCAUAUAGAUUAAAACAUCACAAGGAAGGAUCCGUUGCUUUUGCAAAUGCAUUAAGUGGUAGAUUCUCUGCUAAAUCUACAAGAGAAAUGUUGAAAUACUAUCAAAUGGAAAGAGCUAAAGUAUUGAAUAAGAACUCUACAUCAUUAUCAACCAACUCUGGUUCUCAAUAUUCUCACAAUUUUGCUAAAAUUGUAAAUCAAUUGAAUGAAAAAAUCUUGGAAUGUUGUAUCAAAUUAUUAGUUUGGAACCAUAGAUGGUAUUGUGAAUUUUCACCAUUUUUAAUUAAUAUCUUGAGUGAUUUGGUGUCAAAGGAAGGACUUAUCAAAAUCCAAUCACAAGUGCAAGCGGUAUACUCGAACAAUAUUAAUACUUCUGCAACUGAUGCUGGUAAUCAUGGGAUUACAGAUAUGAUGGAUGAUGUUUAUCAAUUUUUCAAAGAUUAUGAUAUUGUAGGAGCUGAUAAUUAG